UAUUUAUGGUGUUUGGAGUUAAAACAUCCCAACCAACACUUCGCAUUGCGCAUCCGUCUUGUAGUUUUCCGGAAAUUGACUUUAAACCAAGAAUGGGAUAACGUCGAACGAUAUUAAUGAAAGCAAGUGGAAACGAAUGGAAAAUCAGGAAAGUGGAUUUCUACUUUCUUUCAUAAAAUACAGAUUUGUCGGGCUGUAUUACGACCUAGUAAAUACAUUCAAACGUGUCACGAUUAUAGUGUAUGUGCACUCGGAUGUGGGUAUUGACAUCUCCAAUACCUAAAUAACAUAAUCACAAUCACAACUGUGUAUUUUUGUAAAUAAACAACAUUAACAGUUACACACAUAUGUAUCGGGAGAAGUGAUAUGACAUUUAAUGUUACGGCCGCAAUCCGAAAUUAAACCAGACGAAGAAGAAGAAUAUGUGACCGUCUGGAAAAACAAACGACGUGUUUCCGUGUGAAAUAGGAGUUCGGUCCAGCGAUCCAUUUCGGGGAACUGGCCUCCCAUGUGAGCUGGGUGAAGGCUAAGCUAGGCUAGUAGAAAACUCCUCCAAGGUUCCGUCAUCUUGUCCCGCUAUCUCCUUUUGUGUUCAUGUUGUUCUUCACCACAGUGGACAUUUUUACUCACCAGCACGCAAGCAUUCUUCACGAGCGACGAUCUAUUUGGUGAAGUUGAUUUCUAAUUGCAUUUGAUUCGAACUACAUACUGGAUCCCUAUUAGCCGCUGAGCUAGUAGCCGCGCAGUCAAAAUGGCGGACAACGAGGAUGAUAGUGGUUCUAGCAGAACAAUAACACCCGCUGAGCCGCCAAGCUCCUCGGCUCAGGCCCACGCCGCGGACUCCACGCAGCCCGAGGACGCCGUGUUGCCAGGCCCGGUCGCCCGCAGCGCCGAGGAGGCCGACGGUACGGAAGGCGUGACGGACGAGCAGCGCGGGAACAGUUUGCAUGCGGAAUCCGUUGAUCAGAGCGGCCAGCCCGGACAUGAGGAGCAGGCAAUGCCCGCCGCCGCUGGGGAGAGCUCCCAGCUAGUGGACUUCUUACAAACUUGCCCCGAGGAGCAAAGCAUCGUGGUGGGCGCGGACUUGACCAGCUUGGGCCCGGACAUGAGCAACACCACCAUCAUAUACGUCCAACCGGACGGCAGCCUGGUGGAGGGCUCCGGCUUGACCCCGGAGGAGCAACAGUCUCUCCUGGAACAGCUCACCAAGCAGCAGGUGGUCCAGGUGUCGGACUCGGAGGCUGCCCAGCUGCUCCAGCAGAGCCAGGCCAUCAAAACCACCACAGUCCAGAAUACGGCUCUAAACCCGACCCAGCUGCAGCAAGUCAUCAGCCAGGUGACCAAGUCCCAGCACCAAGUCCAGGCCCUGCAGCAGACGGUGAAGCAGGUGGUCCAGGUACAGACCGCUCCCCAGAGCAGCAACGUCUCGCAGCAGUUGAAGAGCAGCAGCACCAUCCAGGUGGGCCAGAAGAAGUCAGAACCAGUCAGGAUCCAGAUCCAGGCUCUUCCUAAACAGGAAGUGAAGCCCCGGCCCGUUCCCCAGCACGCCAAUCAGACUGUCAGUCAGCCACAGGUGACUCUGUCGGCCAAUGGCAGCGCACAGAUCAUUCACAUCCAGCCUGUGGUGGGUCAGCAGGGCCAGCAGUUGUUCCUGCAGCAGAAUUUGGGAGACCCCCCCAUCCAACUGCUCCUUCAAAGCCCCUCCCCCGUGGUGGGAUCGCUGCUCCCGUUGGUCCACAAGCUACCAGCUCAGACGUCCUCCGGUGUCGUCUCUCCUGCGGCGCACAAACACGUGUCCUCCUCCGUGCCUGUCACCUCCGCUGCCAAGACUCCGCCCACCCCCGCUGCUAAAUUUGCAAGCGUGUCGCUGAUAAAGACCCCCGCAAACGGCGCCGUGACGACCUCCGCUAAAAGCCCAGUCAAAGUAUCCGCGGCAGCUAAGACCUGCGAACCGGGUGCUUCGCCAACCCCCGCUCCGCUGACCCCGCCCUCCACAGCAGGCCGAGCUCUGCUGGCCCCGCCUCCUGCAACAAAGGAUGCAGAGAAAGAAAAGAAGAAGGUGAAGAAGAGAGAGAAGAAAGCUGUUAAAGUCCAGACCCGGUCCGGCCGGGUCUCCAGACCUCCCAAGUACAAAGCUAAAGACUACAAGUUCAUCAAGACGGAGGACUUGGCCGAAAGCCACCAGUCCGACUCCGACGACUACUCUGACAUGAGUAUGGAAGAGGAGGAGCGGGAGGUUGGCAGGAAGGAUGACUCCGCCCUCGACGACUCCAUGUCACUCACCUACAGCCACAAAUCCCGAUCCCACCGCUGCCAGACCUGCGACAAGGCCUACAUCGGCCCGGGUGGCCUGAACCGCCAUUACAAACUCAACCCGAGCCACGGGGAGCCGGAACCGUCCUGCGACACGCCACACGCCGCCAGCGACGAAAGCCAAUCACAGGAGCCCGCCUGCGUCGCCGCCAAAGAGGAGCUAAAUGACGACAAAGCUGUUGCCGAGGCAACCAGCACAGAGUCGGGCCUCGGAGCUGCCGGAGCAUUCCAAGGCCUCCACCACCGGGGUCCGGGCAGGCCCCGAGGGCGAGGACGGGGCAGGGGUCGGGGGCGAUCGCUGGGGUCGUCCCUCAAGUUUCCUCAGGUGUCAGGUGGCUUCAUCCGGAGGGGAGGGCGCCGCGGACGGCCUCCCAAGCUGGGCAUCGCCAUGGCAACGGCAGAGCAGCAGGUGGAAAGGAGAAGAGAACGCUUACAGGAGCUUGUGGACCAGUGCGAGGAUGAGGAGCUGAUGGACAUCGUUCUUCCUCGUUUGACCAAAGUCUUAAGUGUGUGGGAGAUGCUGCUGGCCAAGGUGGAACGUGCCGGUCCACCUCGUAGUCAUUUUCCGGAUAUUUACAAGGAGUUUGAGUCCCUGCAGACUCAUGUGAGACAAGCUGCCCAGGAUUACAUCAUGGCCCCUCUGGGCGGAGCUUCACCCCUCGAGAUCAGGAACAUUGAGGUGGCCAGGUGUCUGGGCAUCCUGGAUGAGGUGAAUCGGAUGAAGGUGCUCCCCGGAGCCUCUCCCGCUUUCAGUCUGAGUACUAAAAACAGCCGAUACAUGGAGAACUCCAAGAUGCUGCCGCCAUCCAAGCGCUUCAAGAUGGAGAACAGCGUUCCUCUGCACCAGAACGGCAUCGAGAGAACCGUUGUGAACCCUGCGAGCGGCGAAAAUCCAACAUCUAGCGUGGUCUCUCCGCCGCCACCCAUUCCAAGUGAAGCCAAAGUGUGCAGCUCCACCGCCACGGACUUAUCCCGCUCCACGGGGCCCACAGAGUCCCCUUCCCCCGUCACGCCCAUGGAGGUGACCGCAGGUAACCACCAGAAGGAGGAGGUCCCUCUAACAGAAGCUCAACACCAGAGCCAACAGGUGAACAUUCAGGACAAGUCCCCCCCGGCAUCCGCCCAGACACCCGAGUCCUGUCCAGUUCAGGAUGUGGCACCUGUGUGCCAGACUGCCUUGGAACUUGUAGAGUCUUGUCAAACAAAAGAACUUGAAGAGGGCCAGGAAAUCUACAUCCAGACGGAGGGGAUGACGGUCCAGCUAGCGGAACCCGGAGAAGAGCGCAUCGUCAUCGUCAACGGGCCGGACGGUACCACAAUGCACAUCCAGACCCCGGAAGGGGUCCCCCUGGAGGCAGUGCAGGCCCUGCUCGGCAUUGAGGCCUCUGAUGGAUCCAAACCAACCUGAUCCGUGACAGACUGGAUACUGCAGCUUUGACUUCUUGAUGAAUACUCAUUUUACUUUAUUUAUUUCUUAGCCUGUCACAUGACACAAGUCCAAGUCUUGAUGUUUACAUGAACCUGGUCCAUAAACCAUGAAAGUACUGGAUCGGUUCAUUCAUUCACCACAUCACGACUUUUUAAGAAACAGGAGUGUGGAUGUCAUUUUUUUUUGUUUUCAUAUUUGGACACGUGACAGAUGAUGUUUAUAUGUAGAUACUUAUGAAAAACAAAGUUGCACUAUUUUAUUACUUUUUAUAACAUGACCAUUUUCCAAGUGUACUCAUUAGAAAUAGUCCAUCUCCCUUCCAUAUGAUGCCGUUUCCUCAUUUCCAAUAAAAUCCGUCAGAGCAACA